GAAUUUCCAAGUGCUAAUGAAAACAUUUUGAACUCAAGGAAACGAGCCAUUUGCUAACGAAUAAUCAUCUUGAAUUGUAUUGAUGGAACAUUACAUUUCAAUAAUGAAACAUACGUGGAAAAUUGUAAUUUGCUGUAUAAUCUUCACAGGGUUAAAAGAAUGCCAAGCCGCUAAUCUCAGUUUUCCUGGGAAUUUCACAAUUGGUGUUGCCACCUCAUCCUACCAAAUAGAAGGAGCCUGGAACGUAAGUGAUAAGGCAGAAAGUAUUUGGGAUUGGUACACACACAGCUAUCCGGAAAACAUCGCAGAUGAAAGUAAUGGAGAUAUAGCUUGCGAUUCCUACCAUAAAUAUGAAGAAGACAUACAGUGGCUGAAAGAGCUGGGAGUGGAUUUUUACCGGUUUUCGGUAAGCUGGGCACGCAUACUUCCAAACGGUUUUGCAAACGAAGUCAGUGAGGAUGGGCUGCAAUAUUACAAAAAUUUAACCCAAGCUCUGAUCGAUAACGGUAUCGAACCAGUCGUAACUAUAUAUCACUGGGAACAUCCAAAGAUUCUUGAAGAUUUGGGAGGAUGGACCAACGAGUUGAUGGUGACGUGGUACGCUGACUAUGCCAGAAUCAUUUUUGAAGAACUGGGGCCCCUGGUUAAAACCUUCGUCACAAUCAACGAGCCUGAAUCCUACUGUGCAGUUGGAUACAACACCACUUAUUUUGCUCCAGGUAAAGAGUUGGAAAACAUGGGGCACUAUAUAUGCAUGCACAAUUCCUUAAAAGCUCACGCGACAGUAUAUCAUAUGUACGACGAUGAAUAUAGAUCAACACAAAAUGGUCAAAUAGGCAUCGUUGCACAAUGUUAUGGAUGGGUGGCAGGGGACAACGUGACUGACGAUUCCAUUGAGAGAUAUUUUCAAUUUAAUUGUGGUUGGGUAAUGCAUCCAAUAUUUGUUGGGGACUACCCAGAAAUAAUGAAGACUAGGAUAGCCAACAUAAGCGCUCUCCAAGGUUAUCCAUUCUCACGAUUGCCAGAAUUUUCAGAUGAUUGGAUAGAGUACAUUAAUGGAACCGCAGAUUUCUUUGGCCUGAAUCAUUACACGUCUCGCAUGCCUGUGUUCGAUUCAAACGAGGAUCUUGGUAUAUAUACAAUAGAUAGUGGUAUAAUUGCUUCUAUUAAUGAAAGUUGGUCACUUGGGAGUGCUGCGUGGUUACACGUUGUACCAGCCGGAUUCGGUAACCUAUUACGCAUGAUUCGAGACCAAUACAAUAAUCCUCCAGUAUGGGUCCUGGAAAACGGAUAUCCUGACACUGGGGAAUCAGAUGAUUACAGCAGGAUCAGUUAUUACUACGAAUACAUCACCGAGUUACUCACAGCCUUUCAGGAUGACGGCUGCAACGUUGUGAGAUACACAAUUUGGUCACUUCUGGACGAGUUCGAAUGGACAGCUGGUUACACACAAUUAUUUGGCAUCGUCGGAGUGGACUUUGACAGUUCGGACAGAACAAGGUCGGCAAAGCUUUCCACGGCAUGGUGGCAAGAAGUCAUCAGUACUCGGACACUUCAAAGUGUUCCAACUGCCAACAGUACCCGUUAGCCUACUUGAUGAGCACCGAUGCAUCUCAACUAACAAAAUAGUUACACUGAUUUUUAUCUUUACUUUGCCUCUUUGUUACACGUGUUGGUUUCGUCAUGUGCAAAGACGAUUUGUCGAACCUGAAUUGCUUAUGCUCAUAGGUAUUACGCUCUUAUGUAUCCAGAGCGACAGGUACGAAUGAAUAACCGAUUCUUGUUCAGCGCCUCAGUUCCUCAGGCUUGACGAAUAUUUACUAGGAAGAAGACGUACCAAAAGUGUGGAAUAAAAUCACGAGAGAAUCAUCUCUAGAACCAGA